GUGCCAUCCAUGGAUAGUAGAUCGAAGUGGCCUAUGCUCCCGUCAUCUUUGCUAAUAGGGCGGGCAGGCGCGAAGUACCUGCAUAUUCACCUCCAUUCCACACCUUUGCCAAGUGAAGGUGCAGACACUCAUCAUGAACAAGAAAGGGGCGACACAGUAGGUGAGUGCCAUUUUUAAGGAGAUCAAACUUUUAUUCUCCCGACUUAAUCUGGUGGACCCACGUUUCCACUUCCCUUCAACAACUUCCCCGAAUUCACUUACCUGAGAAUCCAACCCUCAGGAACUUCAGGGAAAAUGGAGUGACCAACUCGCCCGAACCAGACUUCUAAUUAUACGGGAAUCAUUCGUCGCACAAACAUAGAGAGUGCCUACAUGUAUGAAUCGGAUUUCCCUGCAGUCUGCAGAUAUGCCGGCUACGAACAAACUCGCGAUCCGACCAAAGCCCUCUGGCUUACUCGGUCCAUUCCGGAUCCUAGACCUACCACCGGAGCUAGUCCUUGAGAUAUUAUCCUUCCUUGACCCUCCUUAUGUCAUCUUGUUCUCGUUAACUUGCAAAGCCGCCCGCCACCUAAUCAGCAGCUCGGACUACGGCAAAUUCUGUCUUUCGUAUGUCCAAAAAAAAUUGCGCGAUUGCAGACAAGAACCCAUCGGCUCCGAGUCGAUCCUUGACCCGAGAUAUAAGUUCUUGCAAUUGUUGGCGGACGACUACCUGCAUCGUUUCGUCUGUUUGCGUUGCGCAAAACUCCAUCAGAAUCUCACGGGAGAAAGCCGAAAUGCUCAUGAUAACUCCAUCAUAAUUCGUGACCGGCUUAACCCACAUCCUAAGGGCGUAAUGACCUUUGGUCCUCUCUGGCCAAAAUAUGUCAUUACCUUCGACGAGGCUCGUGAGGCCUUAAAAGGCAGCCGCAAGAGUUCGAGAACCAAGUCGUUGCUCUCUAAUCUCGCAAUAUCGACCGACUGGAAGCUUGCUAGAUUAUGGUCAUCUUGCUAUAACCCGGAAUUCCUCCAUGGAUACAUCAAAUUGGACACCGAAGCAACCGUCGUAAACGGAUCCUUGUACUUUCACAAGGUUCAACGAAUACUGCUCCAGCCCGAGAAAGUUAAGCACUUCUUAAGCGCCUCGCAAUCGUGGCUUACGGAAGAGAUAUUCAAAUCCUGCAUCCACAGCGGCCAGUUUCGGUAUGCAUUCCAACCCCCCUUGAGCACCUUUUCGUGGGCAAGUUUAGACAAAACGAGUGUUCAUAGGACGAUCUCGGAGUUUAUCGCCAUGGCGCACUGGAAGAUGAUGGUAGCAGAGCCCUCGAGGCUCGAUGGUUGGGAUUUGGACCAACUUGAUCUCCAGUCAUACUCGCUCGCCGGUUGCUACCAAUGUGCGACUGAUUUUUCUAUCACCAUACAUAACCAUGGGCGCGGUGGGGUCGAGAUAAUAGCCGACGUCUUCCAGAACCUCGGCGACUGCACCAACCCAACCGACCGUGAAUGGGAAGCUUGCUGGUUCAACCAAUUCGAUAAGGUGUACAGAUCUACUAUGCUGAGGCGAUUGGAUCACCCAAUGAUCCAUCUUGCCAUAUUCCCUACUCCUCCCGGCCGCAGUGCCAGAAACCACCCCUCCGCUCCAAGCGUCAAAGACGUGUGGGAGUUGCAUGAGCAUGACCGUGCAGCAAGUCGAAAAGCCAGUAAGCCUUGACAAAGACUAUUUCGGAAUCAAAUCUAUGGAAUGGGUGAGGUCUAAUGAAAGCCUAAACAAAUGUUGCUGCGAGGGAAUGAGAAUGAGCCUUAAAACAAAGAAACGAGGGAUGAAGAAUAGCAGGACGCUGCUCCGUUAAAUCGCUUGGUUUUAGGUCGUAUUCGCGGGGGGUCUCAAUUGGCGUCGAUGGUUGAUAGGCUCAACUAUCGAUGCCAAGAGCCACUAUACGAUAGUACCUCGAUUAGACGAAGACUUCUAUUGCCCUCAGUUGCUCUACAUUCUAGAUCAUAAGCACUGACACUCAGUAAUAAACAACGAAUACCAAC